AUGCUCAAUCCGUUGCCCCAACCACCCUCUCUACCACACGACACCGAGUGCGGAUCACUAGGUCCUGACAGUCAACAACAUUCCUCGACUUCCAGCAACAACAUACCUGAGGAGAUGGCCACAGCCAAGACUCCGAGCGGCGAUGCAGGAUCUCCUCCAAGUCCGGGUCAGGCUGCACCAGUCAUGGAGCCAGUGGGGCCGUCCAAUGAGCCGUUGGAUCCCCCGAUCGACCGAUACGACCCUAGGAACUGGGCUAUGUUCACACCCGCAACACGCCGCGACAAGCAUCUUGAGCGUGCUCGAAUCCUACUUUCUGAAUGGCGCGACAACACAUGGCUCGCACAUUACAAAAGUCAGCCGUUUGGACCACCAGGAAUAUUACCCGAUACUGUACUCACCGCACUUGCUACUCGCACGUCCUACCGUGCCCUGGAGGAUAUCCGGGACCUCCGAUGGAUCCUCGCCAAACGUCAUGCUACCGAGGUCCUCAAGUUGCUUGAAAACCUCGAUCGCGAGGUUGCCCUGGACGACAUGCGCGAGGAAAAGUCUAAGCGAGAGGCGGAGGACAUUAGAAAGAAGGCACGGGAAGAUGAACGUGAGCAUGAACGUAUCCGUAAGGUGCUCGAGGCCGCUAAGAAGCGUGAAGAGGCUGCUGUGAGGAAGGCGGCCGAGGAGGCCCGCAAAACUCGCCUCAGAGCGAUCAAGGAGGCGGCCAAGCUGAUCGGGAGGAGACAGAAGGAGGUCCGUGCUGAGGAAACCAAGGCGAGAAAGAGGGCAGGGAAGGAGGCUGAGAAGUCAGUCCUCGUCCUCAUCCUCGUCCUCGUCCUCGCCCCCUCAAAUGUCCUCGUGUCGAGGACGGCGUAG